AUGAUCGUUGACAAGUAUCGGCUCGGCGCCGGACUCGUCUGUCUCGUCUCCGCCACUUCCGUCUGCUUCACUCUCAUCAGUCUCGCUCAUCUUUCGUCCAGAAUUCAAAGAACAGAGAAUGAAAUCUUUGCCAAACAGUCUGCUUUCAAGGUUUCUAUACACUCCUAAUUACAUUUUCUGAUUGAAUCCGAAAUUCCAGGCCAAAUCGCAAGUGAUCUGGGCGGAGCUCAUCGAGACCGGAAGAUCUCUGCGUAUUCCGAGAGACAGCUACGGACCAGAGGAGAAAAAGGGAAUACUUCAUCAGUGUAGUCGUGAGUUUUGCUCCUGUCAAAUCAUCAUUUGAACUCUUUCAUUUUCAGAAUGCACCCGUCUCCACUGUCCGCAAGGACCGAUCGGAGAGGAAGGAUUGCCUGGAAACGACGGGCAUCCGGGAACGCCCGGAAAGCCCGGAGUGCCGGGACAAGAAGGAAUCGACGUGGACAUGGAGCCGCAGGAUGAACUGCCGUGCUCGAUUUGCCCGGCAGGACCACAGGGACCGCGAGGAGCGCAGGGAGAAAGAGGACUUUCGGGCGGACAGGGCAAAAAGGGACGGUCCGGCAAACCAGGACAUCCAGGACAACCGGGAGGAAUCGGAGCGAGCGGAGCCAAGGGACCAACGGGCGAGCGUGGAGUGAAUGGACGAAAGGGACCACCCGGAGAGAAUGUUAUUGCGGGAGAGGGAAUCAAGGGACCGUCCGGACCGGCUGGAACACCGGGACCCAAGGGACCGCCGGGAAGUCCCGGAAGAACAUCAAACAUCAGAGGACCGCCCGGAAAACCAGGACAGCAGGGAGGAAUCGGGGGGACUGGAAAGGUAGGAAACAAAAGGCAGCGAGAGAUUGAGGUGUGCCAUUUCAGUUCGGAAAGUACGGAGAGCAGGGAGGGAUCGGAGCACCGGGAGAGCCGGGUCUGCCGGCCGCGUACUGUCCGUCCGACUGUGGAGUCAACACGAUCCUCUCGCAGCUGGGACACCGUGCUCAGCGGCCAGAAUCCAUCAACGGAGAGGACAACGGCGCGCCGGCCACUUCCCCGGAAGAGUACCAGCCGGAGGGACCGGCCGAGCAACCGGCACCCGAACCUACUGAGGCCCCACAGAAGGAAGAAGCGGCCGCCGAGGAGUCGUUCGAGGAGUCCUCCUAUAGAAACUUCUUCAGUCAGCGUUAA